UUAUGGUCCGCAAAACUUCUGAAGUGUGACCGAAAAUGGAAAUGGAAAUGCUCAGUGCUGGAUUUGUGUUGAGUUCUCCUUUCUCUUCUUCUUCUUUCAAAGUUCAGCCUCUUCGCACUCCUCCAAUCUCAUCUUUUCCAAUUCGUUGUUCAAGUCAUGAGGUUACUCCUUCAGAGAAACUUCCAACUAGAAUUAAUUUGUCUUUAACUGGCGGUGCUUAUGAUUUUAUCAAAGGAACAACUUCCCUAACAAACGAGUUAAUCGCUUCGCCAAAGAAAGUCAUGAUUCUAAGACAUGGUCUUAGUACUUGGAAUGCAGAAAGUAGGAUUCAGGGGAGUUCAGAUUUGUCUGUACUCACUGAAGACGGGGAGAAGCAAGCAGAGAGGUGCAAGAAAGCCUUGAAAAAUUUGUACUUUGACCAGUGUUUUGCAAGUCCAAUCUCUCGCGCUAAACAAACUGCUGAAAUUAUAUGGCAAGGGAGAGAGAAACCAUUGGUUUACCUUGAUUCGCUUAGAGAGAUAUCUCUAUAUCACCUUGAAGGCAUGAAAAAUGUGGAUGCAAAGCGAAUAUAUCCGAAAGAGUACAUAACCUGGAGAGAAGAUCCAGCUAAUUUUGUCAUGAAUGGUAGAUAUCCAGUGCGAGAUCUAUGGGGAGCUGCAAGAGCUUGUUGGAAGGAAAUCUUGUUGUCACCUGGAGAAAGUUUUCUGAUCAUAACUCACAAAUCUAUAUUGAGAGCAUUAACUUGCAAUGCUUUAGGCCUUGGUCCCGAGAGGUUUCGUUCUAUUGAUAUCAACAAUGGUGGAAUAUGUGUAUUCAACUUCAACACCAGAGGAGAAGCAAUGCUUGAGGGUCUAAAUAUUACUGCUCACAUGUACAGUGAUCAUGUCUAUAAUGGCUGAAAUCAUUUACUGCAAUGGCAAAAAAAUAGCAAUUAUGUUCUAUCCCACGCUGCAAUCCACUCAUUGAAGUAUUGAACCAAGAUCACCGAGCCUUUGAUGUUGGAAUUUUUUUCGAUAGUUGAGUUAAUCACAAAUGUAACCAUUCUCUUUGAUGUAUAUUAAUGUAUAGAGGAUUAAAGAAUAGUUUGUACAAAUUAAUGAUGUUCAUUGCAAGCUUAUUAGAUUCACUGUAAUCAUGAGUAAAA